CACCAAUCAGGCCCUGGACUGGAGUUGCCCACCCCUGGUAUAGGCAGUAAGGGCAGGGGAACGCAACUACAUGGAUACAGUAGUAUGCUAAGCAGUAUGUUCUUAAUUAACACAGGAGUCUGCUGAUGGGAGGACGGUUCAUAACAAUGACUGGAACGGAGCGAAUGGCAUCAAAUGCCUUGAAACUAGGUGUUUGCUAUAUUUUAGUAACAUUUCACUAAUGUCACUCCAGUCAUUACCAUAAGCCCGCUCUCCCCAAUUACACCGCCGCCAGCCUCCUGUGGUUCUUAAACCCUCCCAUCUCCUAUCCUAUAUCACCCUAUUCGACUGAGGGCCAAGUGUCUGCAGGUUCACUCCCAUGUACUUGAUCAAGUAAAGUCACUGAUCAUUUAGGAACUCUCCUCACCUGGUUGUCUAGGUCUUAAUUGGACAUUUCAAAGCUUCACCACCAUGCUGAACAACAAGCAGCUGGAGCCAGUGGCUGUACCAGUCAACAUGCAGCAGCAGCAAGUGGCCAGUGUCCGCAACAGGAGACUGGCUCUGCAGAUGGAGAACAGGACCUCUGUGCAGGCUGCCCUGCAGCCCAAGAGCCUGAAGCAGGGCGAUGUUCUGGCAAGGCUAGGUCGGCCCGUGGGGACCCUGAUGCGGGGGGCCACCAGAAGCCAAGGAUUUGCUGUAAGGGGACUGCGAGGAAUGCAUCGAGGAGGUUUCGGAGUGUGUGGAAACAGAAGGGGCUUUUUCAGAGGUGGCUAUGCUUUCAGAGGUGUGAAUCCGAUGCGUGCCCGGGAAGGGGUGACUAAGCAUAUGUUUCGUCAGGACUUGAGGUUGCAAGGUGGCCAGCUGAACGAUGCUGGAGUGCUGGUUCGCUGCGGCGCCAGGAAUGAACUGGGCCUGAGAGGAAGAGGCAGAGGAGCGGGUCUGGGCCUGCGGGGCCGGGGAUGGUUCCGAGGCAUGGGCAAACCUGAAAAAAUCCCCACCAAAGAGGAGCUGGACAACCAACUAGACAACUACAUGUCAAUGACCAAGAGCCACCUAGACGCAGAGCUGGAUUCCUACAUGGCCAUGGCAGACUCCGACUACAUGGAGUAGAACCCUGCUGGAAGAUGGGUAGGCAGCAUCAACAAAUGCACUGAGGCUGUCCAGGGGUGAUUCAUUAGUAGAACUACCCCUCACUGGAAACAGAUGGAUGUGACAACCAGGGUCUCUGGCUUAGUCAGAACUAUUGUUAGAAGCACUAUUUGUGAACAAAUAUGUGGUGGUACACACAAGCCCAGAAGCCUGUGUUAUGUGGCUGAAUGUGAGCUCUCUAGAGUCAUACUUGAACUGUUAUGUUCUUUUCAUCAUUUAUAAGCUUAGCUCAGUGCUGAGCAGGGUGGGCUAAAACCUUGCUUAAGAAAGAAGUAUGAAGGUCUGCAGGACUUGUCUAAGAAAAUAAUUACUUGUUCAGUAAAAUCACAAACCAACCAAUUCUCUUUGCUCAGGUACAUUGUGGGUUUGUCUAAGACACUUCACACAAUAGAUGUCAUGUGUUUGCUACAAUGUUAUGUUACUUUCAAAACGGAGUUUAUUUUUUUAUUUUGUGUCAUUUAUUUGUGACAUACUGUAUUGUAUGUACCUCAGCUAGACAGGUUUGGCUGCAUUGUGAAUUUAUAUAGAAAUGUUGAUUUUAGUUUAGCUGAGAGAAAUUACUACAAAUGGUGGCAAGAGGACUAGUUAGUUAUCCAACCAGUUCCUGUCAGAGAAUGUUUUUUUGAGAAUGAAUGGCCCAACUGUUACAAAUAUUCUUUAGCGUUUUGAUAUGCUCAACAUUGUUUUAAUAAAAAUAUUUAAAGCUGUUGCUACCAAUGAUAUAAACAUUAUCAUGACAUGGCGGCAGUUCAUUAUUGAC